AUGAUCAUUUCUGAUCCUAAAUUUGGAAAAUCUCACCUCCAACUAGCUUCACAGCUGAGAACCCUCCGUAGAAAAGUCCUCGUCACCUCCUACCCUAAACUCAGAGAUCCAGGUCCAAUUUCCUAUUCUCGUUUCGGUAGCUUUUCGAAGCUACCCCCUCGUUUUCAAUCGUUAGAGGAUGACUUUUCAGUUAAAAAUUUCACCAUCCCAUGUGAGAAGAGUAAGGAUAUAAGAGUAAUGGCCUCCUGCAACGGUUUGGUACUUCUAGGCGAAAGCGAUAAUUGUAUUGAUUACAAAAACUUGUCUAUCUGGAACCUGUCGACUGGAUUCUUCCGCAACCUACCUGGUCCAAGUUUCCUGGCGACGUCAAGACAAUCAUCCAAUGAUGAGUACCUGUUCUUUGUAUAUUAUGGUUUUGGUCAUGUGUCCGCCAGUGACGACUACAAACUUGUUUUCAUAAAACCUGCCCUUGAUGUUCUACCGGAAGUCCAUGUCUUCUCUCUGAGAGCCAACAUUUGGAAAGUUAUUACAACUCCCUACUCGUCAUGGCCGAACUGGGGUUGUGGACAGGGGACGCUUUUGAAUGGAGCAAUUCACUGGGUCAUUCGCCGUAGAAAUGAGAAUUGGGACCAAGUUAUAUAUGCGUUUGAUUUGGCAGAGGAGCGGUUUCGGCAAGUGCCAUUGCCGCCUGUUUUGUGGGAAAAUGAAGAUGACAGGAAUCCGACUGAGAUAAAAACUCUCGUUCAUUUAGGAGGAUCCCUUUGCAUCUUGUCUCGGGAGCUUUUUCAUCGCAGGAACGGUGAGGUUUGGGCUAUGACACGGUAUGGGGUGCCUGAAUCUUGGGUGAAACUCUUUCAAUUUAAUGUUCACGAUCUCCCAGAUGUCUUUUCUAGAUCAUACAGUAGAUGGGAUAUGUGUUUCAUUACAGAAAGCGAUACAAUGGUGUUAAUACUGAAUAAGGAGUUGUUUUGGAUUGAAUGCCGUAAUGAAGAGAAGCCGAUCUGCAGCGGACGGUAUAGGGUGGAGGAGGUGCAACCUGAGGUGCCCGAGUGUUCGUUUUAUGUUGUCGCGGCCGUAUAUGAUGAAACUCUAGUUUCUGUAACUGAAUGA